AUGCAUCAAGGAAGUAGUUCAAGCGGAUCGGGAAUGUCUUUGGAAGACAUUGUUAAGAGUUUAGCCACAAGUACUCAAACCUUUCAAAAUGAGACUAAGGCGAGCAUCAAGACUUUGGAGCAACAAAUGACUCAACUCACCACUUCUGUGAUUAAAUUGGAGUCACAAGUCAAACUACCCGCGCAAACAGAGAAGAAUCCAAAACAUAGUGCAUGUGCCAUCACUUUGAGGAAUGGCAAAGAAUAUGAAGGUCCUAAAAUGAUUGAAGAAGAAGAAGAGAUGGAGCUUGAGAAAAAAGAAGACAAGUCGAAAACACCUUCAAAGCAAGUUCCUAUUGAAGCAAAAUUCACCCCUCCCCUAUUUCCUUCAAGGUUAAGCAAGUCAAAGCGUGAAAGGGAAGACAAUGAAAUCAUGGAGAUGUUCAGAAAAGUUGAGGUAAAUAUUCCUCUUAUUGACGCCAUCAAACAAGUCCCUAGGUAUGCUAAAUUCCUUAAGGAAUUAUGCACAUCUAAGAAAAGAUUGAAAGGGAAUGAAACUGUCAAAGUGGGUGAAAAUGUGUCUGCAAUGUUACAGAAAAGACUACCUCAAAAAUGUAAGGAUCCGGGUGUUUUCACGGUUCGUUGCAAAUUAGGUAAUCUUCAUGUUCCACAGGCUAUGCUUGACCUUGGAGCUUCUAUGAAUGUUUUGCCAUAUUCCAUUUUUAAAACUUUAAAUAUUGGCACAUUGAAGAAGACCGGGGUAAUCAUUCAAUUGGCUGAUAGAUCUUUAGUACAUCCCAAAGGUGUGCUAGAAGAUGUAUUAGUCCAAGUGAAUGAGUUAGUGUUUCCAGCAGAUUUUUAUGUCCUUGACAUGGAUGAUGAUGACUCACCAAAUUUGAGUUCAAUUCUUCUAGGAACACCCUUUUUGAAAAUAGCCAGGACAAAAAUUGAUGUUUAUGAUGGUACAUUGUCCAUGGAAUUUGAUGGGGAGGUGAUAAAUUUCAAUAUCUAUGAUGCUAUGAGAUAUCCAAGUGAUAUUUCAUCUUUGAAUUUUAUGGAUGUCAUUGAACCAUUGACAGAGGAGUGUUUUGAUUUGUCUAAUCUUGAUGUGUUGGCUCUCAUUUUAGACAGGAAUCUUCAAAAGGAAAGAGUGAAAAAACUUGUCAAUCAAUUUACAAUUGAUAAAGAGAUUAUGGAGGCACCGGAAUUGGAGCUCAAAACUUUACCCGAGCAUCUUAAGUACGCAUAUCUUGGAGACAAAGAAACUUUGCCAGUGAUCAUCUCCACCAAGUUGUCAACAAAAGAAGAGGAAGAGCUUGUCACCACUUUGAAAGAGUAUAAGGAAGCUAUUGGGUGGACUAUAGCCGACAUCAAAGUGCUAAGUUCUUCACUUUGCAUGCACAAAAUCCUUAUGGAAGAAGACUACAAGCCUCCCGAGAAGCUCAAAGGCGUUUGA